GGUUUGGAACGCACCAGGAGCAACGCAUUUGAUCGAGCUUUUGUGUUGACUACUUCUGGUGAUCGGCAGUGCUGAUUCUAGUCUUUAUAAGACAAACAGUUGCGUUUCGGUCCGUUCAGUGCUUUCUUGAACCUCCGGUAGUCUUGUAUACCCUCGCAGGAGUAGUAGUCAGUAGCGAUGCAGACACGAAGAAUGUGGUACGGACUAGUGGUACUUAUAGUGGCCAGCACCAUCGCCAAGUACGGUAGUGAUGCACAGCGUUGUUCCUGUGUGACCGGGCCACCGGACCAUCUCUGCCCGACGGCUCCGCUGCUGCAGGUGUACCUUCAGCACGAGCUAUACUGCACACGGUACUACAAGUGUACCGAUGGGCGAGCGAUCGAGUUCCAGUGUCCUUACGGCUUGUACUUCGAUACGGUGAACAACACGUGUACCUGUGACUUUACGCUGUGCUACCGUACCGAUCCGUGCAUCCAGUUCGUCGACAGUUGCCGCUGCUGUGCCCAACAGUUUGACAACACGGGACUGGCACCGGAAAAUUUUUACGUCUGCUAUAAUGAUGGUUAUGCUGUCGCGACAACCUGUCCCGUAGCGUUUGAUCCCUGUACCGGGGAGGAGAUACAGUUGCAGUUUGUCAAUCAAAAGUGUGAAGUUCCACCGCCGUCAACAACUACCGAUUCAACGACAUCCACAUCUACCAGCACGUCUACCAGCACAUCAACAACAACCACUACCGAAGAACCAAUAGUGGUGGUGUGAGAAAGAACUGCAACACACCUCCACUUUUGCCUGUUUCCGUGUUUAAUUUAUUUGGUUCCGCCAUUUUUACCUUUCAACAAAUGUUUGAUUUUCGGAAAAAAUAUGUUCAGAUUAUGUUCAUGUUGUUUAAUAAAAAUAAAGCAUAUGUAAAUAAGAGAAAAACAAUAACUUUGGUCCAACGAGCAAAAAAGCCAUGUUAUUUGAGUUUUCAACUCUAUUUUCAGUAACA